AGAUGACUGUAUAUGAGGAACACAUUGUAGCCUGAGGCAGGCAAUGAGGUACGUUCUUUAAGGUGGAUGAAACAGCUUGACAUCAACUUGGAAACGUCUUUCUUUACGUGCUGACGUGAAGAAAAGAGAGGCAUAUGUAAAACCAACAAUCCAGUCUAUGGUUGGAGCAAGGGAACGUCUCUCCCAGGAGACACAGCUGUGUGACCGUCCACUGGAGCCCUGCAUCUGCCAGCUGCAUGCUCCGUCUCGCCGCAGGUGCAUUUGUCGAGAUGUGAGAAAGGGUCAUGCCUCUGGUCAAGAGAAAUAUUGAGCCCCGGCAUCUGUGCCGCAGUACCGUGCCCGGUGGGAUUGGCAGUGAGCUGGAAUGUGUAACAAACAACACCCUGUCCUCCAUCAUCCGUCAACUCAGCAGUCUGAGUAAACAUGCAGAAAAUGUUUUUGGGGAACUUUUCAAUGAGGCAAACACCUUUUACGUGCGUGCAAACGGUCUGCAGGAUCGCAUAGACCGCUUGGCAGUCAAAGUAACCCAGCUUGACUCCAGUGUUGAGGAGGUCUCUCUUCGGGACAUAAACAUGAGGAAGGCAUUCAGGAGCUCUGCUGCACAGGACCAGCAGGUCUUAUUAAAAAGCAGUACCCCCAACUGUGUGGAUGACAUGUUUACCCGCUGUGACAAGCCUCCCCCUCUCAGCACCCUCACCGGUUACAGAGAGGAUUCCAUCGACGCUAUGAAAUUCUACUCUGACCCGUCAUACUUUUUUGAUUUGUGGAAAGAGAAGAUGCUUCAAGACACAGAGGACAAGAGGAAAGAAAGGCGGAGGCAAAGGGAACAGAAGCGAUUUGUGGAAUGCAGCACGCUUCAACGUGAAGUCAAAAAGGUCAGAAAGGCUCGAAACCGAAGACAAGAGUGGAACAUGAUGGCUUUGGAUAAAGAGCUUCGUCCAGAUCACAGACCUCCACAGACUCUUCUGCGAGGAUCUUCAGAAGGGUCACUCUCUCCAGAUUGCAGGCCCGACCUCCUGGACUACCCAGUGCCUGCCCAGGCUGCUUGCAGCUACGCCAAGUCCCAUGAUUAUGUCUCCAGAAAUGCAAACCCCUCGCCACCUGUGGAACAUGAAUAUCACAGCAUUGACGUCAACUACAACAGAGCAACCUACCCCACUGCAGAUCCUCGCGCGGCAAACCGCCUCAACGGUUCAGUGCGUCUGCCAGCAGAUUACAACCCAGGCACCCCACUUCCUGUCCCUGGCCCGGCCAUCCCAUCAGCCCAGACGGCCUUUGGUUUUCCUCUGGGUGCAGGGCCAUGCUCAGCACAUGUUGGCUCAGGCUACCCACUCCCACCAGUCCCUCAUCCAGGGCCUGGCAUGGUCCCUCCUCCCCCAGGCCCCCCACCUCCUCCUCUCCCUUCUCAGGCUGCAUCCUCUUACCUGGCAGGACGCGCUGACGGAAACGGACCAGGCACUAAAUCUGUGAGAGAUCCAAGAAGUGACUUGCUGUCUGCCAUCCGCAUGGGCAUCCAGCUGAAGAAAGUUCAGGAGCAGCAGGAACAGCAGAGCAAACGGGAGCCAGUCGGCAAUGACGUAGCCACCAUCCUUUCCAGACGCAUUGCAGUGGAAUACAGUGACUCCGAAGACGACUCUGAGCUCGACGAAAAUGAGUGGUCAGACUGACGAGGUGUAGCACCUGGAAGACCAUUUUCUUCAAGGGUCUAUCUAAACAUGCAAAAUUAUUGGGAAUCAGUCUGUUUCUGUAAUUCGAGAUUACAUGUCAACAGAGGCAGCUAAGAUGUAUAUGCAUUCUAUGGUCAUUUCCCAUAUCACUUACUGCUUAACAACCUGGUCGCAGGCUAGCACCACUACUCUAAAACCAUUACAGUCUUUGUAUAAACGAACACUCAAAAUCCUUGAUAAGAAAUAAGUACAUUUUUGUAUCAUUGUCCAAUACUAAAAAAAUAUAACUUGUUGAGUUGGGAAAAUAUGAUUAAAUAUGUAGAUGUUUGUCUUAUGCACAAGAUUAUAUA